AUGGACACAGAAUUUCCAACUUCCCUUCCCCAUCCCUCUACCACCCUUCGAUUACCUCUACCAUCAACCCCUGCCGUUUCGAACCCUCAUUACACCUUAGCCAAAUAUUCAGAGCUCAUUGCUAACAUAACUAUAUCACCACCUCAAACCUCACCACCCUUUCGCCCUGAACACACCUCUACCCCCCUUCAACUACCCCUCUCAUCAACCCUUACCACUAUAAACCCUCAUAGCACCCUAGUCAAGGAUACAGAGCUCAUGGCUAACAUAUCCCAAUCACCACCUCACACCUCACCUCCUAUUCACUCUGACCACACCUCCAGCUACAAAAAGCCCACAUCCCCAACUUCCAGCCCUAAAGCUAACCCAACAAUCAAUGCCUCAAAAUGGAAAAGGAAAAAUCCAAUCAAAACCACUGAAAACCCUUCACUACCCAUUGCUACUAGAACUAAAAGACACCUUGUCAAAGGUGGAAUAAGCAGGUCAUUGAGGAACACUUCCAGGAGAGAGAAGCAGCUGCUAUACUGA